CUCUCUCCGACGUAGCAAAAAGGAAAGAGUCCAAGAAAAACAAGAGAGGCAAUAAAAGUCGUGUCAAAGAAAACUCGGACAAAUCUAAUUCGGAGAUUCGAAAAAGUUGGACUUCAACGUGGCCGAGUCGUUAUGGAUCUUUCAAGAAGGCAUGAUCGAUCGAUCGAUCUUAGCAGAGAGCCCGCGUCAAGAAAUACGAAAAGGAACGUCGAAAGAGGGUCGUCGAGAUUAGAAUCGAUGCGAAAUUGAUGAUAUCGCGAGUAAGAACGUAAGGAAAAAAAAGAGAAGGUUGGAGAGAUCGUAGAGCGAGCUGGACAGAAAUGUCCUUUUGUAGGAUCACGGGGAGGAGCAGGGGCCUCCCCAAGCCAAAUUAUUUCCCCUUGCUGCCUCCUAUCAGUCCAGCCGAUGCUAAACGCUUCUGUCGCAUCACCGGUAAGUCUUACGGGCUUCCGACUCAUCAUUACAUUCCAGUACUUCUCGGCGUCCAUUCGCACGACAAGUCUAAAUGUAAGAUUACGAAUGCUGCCGGAUUUGGUCCUCAUCAUUAUACCGCUGGCCUGAUACUCGGCGAGAAAAAGAAGCACGUUGUUUUGAAAGAUUAUCGUUACGUGUUUCCGAUUCUCGAAGGCGAAAAUGAGCAACAAAGAGCUCUGAGAGAUCUUUUAAGCACGAAGAAGCCGUCGGUCGAAGAGGAAGAUCACAAAUUCGUUUACACGGUCGAAGAACGAAGAUGCAGUCUGGUUUUUCCAGCCAGAUUGGAAGCGGCUGUACGAGACGGGGAUGUCAAGGACGUUAUGCUCUCUCGAGACUGCGAUACCGUUCUCUUGAGACUGAAGCAAGGGAAAAAUGUAUCCGUCGAUUUUAAGAACUUGAAGGAUUUCGAGAAUCUUUACGACGGUCUUGGACCCAGCGAAGAAGUUCUAAAGGAGCGCGAGAGAUUAGAGGCUGAAGCUAGAAGACGCAAGAGAAAGAGACAGGCGGGUCUUAGUUACGCGAAGAAGAUAUUUGAGGAGAAAGAAAAGGCUGCGGAGGAAGAGGAACUUGAAAAAGCGAAGCAUCUCAAGUUGAGAAGCGUUAAGGAGGAGGAAGUCGAAGAGAAGGAGAUCGAGAACUGGAAACGAAUCGACUUGGAAGGUGCAAGGUUAAGGGCUUGCAAUAUAAUUACCACGACGAACUUGUUGAAGGAUACGUUCGACACUUUCCCAGAAUCUUUGGAUUUGAGCGCCUUUCAAAGAGAUACGAUCUCGUCGAAGGGUGUACCGUUGACGACUAAGUUGCCUACUCCAAUUAAAAUAGAACCCCAUACGUUUGAUCAGAGUACAGAGUUAUCGAGUACUUCGCCAAUUUCCGAACACACUGGCGGAUUCGAGGCUAUCUCGAUGGUGAAACCACUGACACCUUUGAAAAUAAAAUCCGAACCUGCUCUAGAAUCCGCCCUCACGAAUAUUUCGGUUAACGACUUGAAAGCAACCUCCAAUGUAAAUGCCAAGUUCACGGAAGUUGGCGAGACAGCACUCGAACGUCUUCCCAGAGUCGAGGAAAUUCCUGCUUUAGUGGAAAAAAUCAAGAGCGGAGAAAAGACUACGAUGCACAAAGUGAAAGGUCUAAAGUUGGAUAUCAAAAGUGCUCAAAGAUUCGUCGCAGGUCAAACAGUGGACACGCCGGUAGGUCCCAUUUUUGUUCCAGGGCAAACUUUGGAAACGCCUCAAGGCCCCAUAUUCGUUCCUGGUUUCACGGUGAACACGCCGGACGGACCACUUUUAAUUCCUGGCCGAAUCAUGGAAGUUAAGGAACAAAAUGGCACAGGGACACCGUCGUUCGUCGCUGGACAAACUUUGCCAACGAGUAAACAGGGCUUGCAAUUUAUUCAAGGACAAACGUUUCACAACAGAGAUGGGAGUAGAUUCGUGCAAGGUCAAACUGUACUGACCGACGAAGGACCAAAGUUUGUGGCCGGCCAAAUAGCCGAUAACGGAAACUUCGUUCCUGGACAAACGAUUCUCACUCCGGACGGUUCGAAGUUUGUUCCCGGACAAACGAUCACGGAUCAUCAAGGAGAGCAAAUUUUCGUACCCGGAGAAAGCGUUAGAACUUCCGACGACUGGGAAUUUGUACCAGGGCAGCGUAUUCGAUCUCCCAAAGGCGAAACAAAGUUCGUACCUGGUCAGACGAUGGUAACGUCGCAAGGUGGUCACUUCGUUCCUGGACAGUUUGUCACCGAAGACUCUGGAGAGGGACACUUUGUGCCUGGAGUCAUCAAAGAGUCCGAGAACGGUCUUCAAUUCGUACCGGGCAUGACGUUAGACACACCGAAAGGGCCAAAAUUCGUCGAGGGACAUAUUUUGAAAACGCCGGAAGGGAAAGUAUUCGUUCCUGGAAAAACUAUACUCACCGAGGAAGGAUUUCAAUUUGCCGCUGCUAGUAAAUUUGACGAGGUUGUAUUCGCGGAGGCAGGACCGGUGGGCAUACCGAUAGAUUCGAAGACAGCUAACGCGAGUUCGAUGUUUAAUCGGAAAGAAAUUUUCGGUCAUAUGGUUCAAACGGAUAUCGGUGUCGAAUUUAUACCGGAAGGCUCGAGAAACUUACCAACGGGGAAAAGAAUCGUCCCGGGGCAAUUGGUGCGCGGUGGAAAAGACGAGCCGCGAUUCGUACCGGGUGUCAUGACGGAGGAUGGUUUCCUUCCUGGUCAAAUAGUAAUGACGGAAAAGGGGGAACAGUUCGUGCCAGGUCAAGUGAUCGAUACGAGCGGUGGGCCAAAGUUCGUCCCGGGACAAAUGGUCGAGACGCGUACAGGACAAAAAUUCGUUCCCGGACAGACCGUCGAAACAGCCGAUGGACCGAGAUUCGUUCCUGGUCAAAUAGUCGAUACGAAGGUUGGACCAACUUUUAUACCUGGUCAAGUGAUCUCCACGGAAGACGAGGGUUCUCGUUUCGUGCCUGGACAGGUCGUUGACACUCCGGAUGGGCCUCGUUUCGUGCCAGGUCGGGUCGUAGAAUCGGGAGAGUCUGGUAUCACUUUUGUAUCGGGUCAAAUCGUGCAAACGGAAGAAGGUCCACGUUUCGUAGCACCAGAUCUGACCGAUACGCCGGAAGGCGAGGUGGAAUUUUCCGUUCAAGGAUUCGAGGUCACUCCGGAGGAAUUGCGUCUUCUCAGACCAAACCACUUGCAUUACAAUCCGUAUACCUUGUGUCAUGGAGAGAGUAGCAUAGAUGCUAGGAUGUUGCGACAAUUGUCAGAAGCUGGUCUGUCGAUCGGUAGAAAGGUACUUGCAAAUUUACCCGCGGUAGACGUGGACGUCGAUCCAAAGGCUGUAGCUUUGGAACAAGCGCUGGUGAUGGCAGAGAAGCUUGGAUUACACGGUAAUGCGGCCGUAAAAAUGGCCCAGGUAGUUUCUACCGUGGCACAGUUGGCGAGAAACAUGGCGCAACAGCAAGAACGAGAUGGCGAUCGAUCGGACGUAAAAGGCUUGACGAAUGGUACGAAAUCGCCGAUCACGAUUAAUGGCGUCAAGGAAACGACGAACGGCGAGAAAGAAAAUACGAGGGAUGAUUGGCUACGAGAUGCGAUUAAAACAGCGAUGGCGUCUGCGGUUUUAGCGCUAUCCGGUAACGAUGAUAACGAAACCUUGAAACAAGACUUGGUUUAUUCGUCGAUUACCGAAGCGUUCAAUGUAUUGCUACGUCAGAAAGAGGAGAGCAUGGAACAAUCGGUAGACAAAGUCCUUCGUAUUCUCCUGAUUCCGCAAAAUCGAAGUGAACUUUGCCAAAGCACUAUGUUGGAAUUGAUAGACGACUCGAAGAACAAUAAAGUGGAUAUACUGAGAUCUACGAUAGUGGGCCAGACGUUGAAAGACGACGUCGUACUCGAGAGAUUAUCCAUGGUUCUCGAAGAGGAACAUGGCACCGAUUUGAUCGGACCAGCGUUCAGAACGGUAUCGAAAAACGAUCCGGAAUUGGUUUCGCGAGUUCUUCAAAAAGUGUCCGAAGAAGUGGCGAGCGUAGCAACGGAGAAAGAGGCUGCCGAGACGGUACACAAAGCGAUUGUUCAAGCUGUUCGAGAAUCGAGCGAAUUACGGGUGAAAGAAUUGUUGAACGACGAGGGUAGCAACGUGCGGGAAAUGCUACUUCAAGCUGUGGGAUUGGCUCGAGCUCUUGGAAUGUCCAGCACGGCCAGUAGUCUUUUAGCCGUGAUCAGCGAUGACAAAUCUACUCGUGCUUUGGCCAGUGACAGAGUCACCUUGGACGUGUUAAAGAGAUUGACGAUUAUGAGAAAAUUAGCCGAGGAAAGGCCACCUUUCAUGAACGCUCUCGGACAGCUCUGUAGCGAUCCGGAAUUGGCCAGAACGGAUCCACGCCUUAGAACUCUCGUCAGAGAAAGCGCGGCACUGAUGAUAGUUCCGGAAGAAGCUCCGUUGCAAUCGUCGAUCGACGUACCAACGGCGUUGCUUCACGCUGACAACAGUUUAGCCAUGGAGGAGUUCCUUAUGAGAAGAAGUCAUAAACCAACGUCGAUCUUUAUGAUACUUAAGCAAGGUUUGCAGGCUGUCGUACCUAGGGAAGCCUCGAGAUCGGUCUUAACCGGACAAGUAGCCUACACCGUUCUCGACGAAGACGGUAUUCGUCAUUUCGAGCCGUUACACGUUUUCUCGGCUCUCAGAUUAAAUCGGCCAACCGCUCAUCGCUUCUCCAUGUACUGUUGCCCCGUCGCCAGAGAAGAAGAUAUCGAUGCUGAAAUGACGUCCACGUUCACCGGAACAAUCUCGAUAACUAGUAGUCUCGAAGGCUCGGCUAAUGGACUCUGUCAGAAGCAAGAUAACGUUGCCGUUGCUCUGUCAAGAUCCGAUAGGUCUUUCGGUAUUUCGGGUAGUAGGGAAAAUACGCCGAGCUUCAAGAGAUUAAGCAGUAUCUGUCAGGAGAAUGGUAGCGAACGGAAACCAUUGGAUAAUUACAUCGUCGUAAAGGAUUACACGAACGAGACCGAUGGCUUUACGGUGAACGUCGGUGAUAUCGUCGAAGCUUUCGAAUAUGCCGAUCAUGCAAAGAAAAUGAAAAUGGAUCCCGAGUUGGAAAUUGGUGAAAUCUACGGUAUAUUGGACAAUUCGGCCGCAAGACACAAGCUGUCCAUUCGACCUCGUCGAAAGUAUACUGAUCCGCGAGCACGAAGUAUUUCAAGGUCGAACUCGGACAGUAGCCUCCAAAGAGUGUACGUUCGUACAGCCGAUGGAAGAGAAGGAUGGCUACCAAUGUCCAUUCUAAUGCAAACUACUCUCAGCGAAGAAAGUUCCGCCACGACUGGUCAUCAUCGACCGGAAGACUCUCAUUAUCGAAGAGAGGCAGUGGUGAAGGAACUUGUCGAAACGGAGGAGGAAUUCGGCAGAGACAUUCAAUUGGUCGUUGAACGUUACUUGAAACCACUCGACAAUCCAGACGUUCCACGUAUAGUUCGCGAUAACAAAGACAUCAUCUUCACGAACCUGAAGCAAAUCGCAGACUUUCACAAUACAUCGUUCGGCAGGGUGUUGAUCGAGGGUGUUAAAUACUAUGCGGAUCAGCCACGCAUGUUGGGAAAAACUUUCUUGAGACUGGAACGUGACUUCGACAAACAUGUUGCUUAUUGCCGGGACGAACCACUUGCUCAGGAAUUUCUUCAGAUGAACGAUCAAGUACGAGAAUACUUUGAGGAGCUGAGCCAGACUCUCGGUGACGACAAGAGCGUAUCAGAGCACUUAAAGCUUCCGAUACAACGCAUAAACGACUACCAGCUUCUACUGAAGGAACUGGUGAAGUAUUCGACACGACUAGGUGAAAACUGUGACGAUCUCCAAAAAGCUUUGGAGUUGAUGCUAGGUAUUCCUCACAGAGCAACCGAUAAUAAAUUUAUUAGUAAUAUCGAAGGAUACAAAGGCAAUAUACAUAAACUUGGUCGAUUGCUAACACACGAGUGGUACACAGUUAUCGACAAGGACGGAAAAAGCAAGGAAAGGUACCUAUUUCUCUUCAAAGCUCGAAUUCUCAUCUGUAAAGUAAGACGAAUUUCGGAGGACAGAUCAGUUUUCGUCCUAAAGGAUAUUAUUCGAUUGCCGGAGGUAGAAUUGAAAGAUCAUCCGGAUAAUUUACGUUCUUUUGAAUUACACAAUCCAAGUCUCCCUGGUUAUCCCAUCACUUUAAUAGCACACAAGGAUCCGGUGAAAGCAGCCUGGUUAAAAGAAAUUCGGCAAUAUGCCAGCGAUCUAGUCGCUUUAGCGGAACACGCAGCAGACGAUUUACAAUUAGAGGAAGUACCAGAGGGAAAAGAGGAAAUUAAACUUCAGGAUUCUUCGAAAGCGGAGACAAUAAAAGGGAAUCCUGGACCGCCAAAGUUAGAAGCAGUAAAAGGAAAUCCAGGGCCACCAAAGCCAGAAUUAGUAAAAGAUAAUCCAGGACCAGCAAAAUCAGAAGCAACCAAAGGAAAUCCAGGACCGCUUCAAACAACAAAUCCGUCGAAUCCAGGUCCUCAAAAAACUAAUCCUUCUAAUCCAGAUCAAGAAAAAGGAAAUCCAUCGAAUCCUGGUCCACAGAAGGGCAAUCCAUCGAAUCCUGGUCCCCAGAAGGACAAUCCAUCGAAUCCAGGUCCACAAAAGGGCAAUCCAUCGAAUCCUGGUCCCCAGAAGGACAAUCCGUCGAAUCCUGGUCCACAAAAGGGCAAUCCAUCGAAUCCUGGUCCUCAGAAGGACAAUCCAUCGAAUCCUGGUCCACAAAAGAGCAAUCCAUCGAAUCCUGGUCCACAAAAGGGCAAUCCAUCGAAUCCUGGUCCACAAAAGGACAAUCCAUCGAAUCCUGGUCCACAAAAGGGCAAUCCAUCGAAUCCUGGUCCACAAAAGGGCAAUCCAUCGAAUCCAGGACCACCGAAUCCAACAACCGAAACUAAAGCUGAAGAAGGAAAUCCAAACAUGUCUCGUCGAUAUUCUUCGAGUCGCUUCAGCGCCUCGUCGAAGGUCGUAGAGGAGUAUUCAUCGGUAUCGAGCAGUCGUACUGGUGUCACUUCAUACGUCGAAUCAUCCUCAUCGGCUAGUGCCGCGAUGAUCUCCUCGUCCGUUCAUGGUAGCGAGAAAAUCAGCGAAACUUCGAGCUCGUACAAAACGGCUACCAGCGGAGGUUUAGAAUCUGGUGCUGACAGUAAAGCGAAAAUCUCAUUAGGUACCACUGAAACUGGGAAACCUAUCUUCCUCAAAACCAUCGCAGGAUGUAAUGUUGAACCGAGUCGAGCAAAAAAGGCUUUGAUACACGCCAUAGCUGGAGAAGUCGCUACAUUCGAGUGUACCUUGGUGUCGGCCGACGAGACAACGAAGAUACAAUGGCUUAAGGAUAACAAGCCGUUGCACGAUAAAUUAGCGGAUCGUGUGAUUCAAACGUCUGACGAUAAAAGCUUCAAACUUCAGAUACAAAAUGUUCACGAAUCGGAUUCCGGAAUUUAUAUCGCCCGUGCUAUGAACGGGGAUGGCCAAGCAACUUGUACAGCACAGUUGGUCGUCCAAGAACUAACUCCUGAAGAAAAGAAAGCACGAGCGGAAGCGAACUCUCCAAUUUUCUUAGUACGUCUAAAGGAUACUGAAUUAUUGGAAAACACUUAUUUACGUUUCAUGAUCAAAGUGAAAGGAGAUCCAAAUCCUGAACUUAAAUUCUAUAAAGAUGGCACGCUAAUCGAUUCGAGAAACGCACGUGUAACAAUAAUAACGGAGAAAGCGGAUAAAGGAUUCUACGAAAUGGUAAUACCUGACGUUCAAAAAGUCGACGCUGGUAAAUACAGCUGCACAGCGAUGAAUCGUUAUGGCGAAGCAACUUGCGAGGCUACGGUAACCGUGACAGAAGAUAAGCCGAUGUUUCCUGGAUUACCGGAAGGUCUUUUGGAACCUGGUGAAGAGCCUCAAUUCACUUGGCUUCGCGAUGGUCAACCUUUCGAUCCCGAGGAAAGAUUCAAAGUACUUUUCAGAGAUAACGAGGACACUCUCGCUUUGGUGUUUCAACAUGUGAAGCCCGAAGAUGCUGGUUUAUAUACUUGUGUUGCUCAAACGAGCACAGGUAAUAUAAGUUGUAGCGCGGAGUUGACCGUGCAAGGGGCGGUUAAUCAAUUACUGAGGGAUCCAGAGAAACCUAAACUCGAAUCAGAAUCAAAACAAUCUGAGGUAAGCGCGGGAGGUUCUGCAAUGUUGGACUUGCAAGUGAAGGGUUAUCCCAAGCCAGAUAUCACAUGGACCAAAGACGGGAAGGAAAUCGUUGCUGGUGGAAGAAUAAAAUAUCUUUGGGAAGACGAAGAAUCUCUAUCGUUGGUAAUAAAGAAUGUAACGACGAAAGAUGCUGGUAUCUACACGAUAAGAGCAAAGAACGAGCUGGGAGAGGAUACUACGGAAAUCGAGCUUAUCGUGAAGUCUGCUCCAAAAGUGAUCAAGAAACAAUCGGACACUACGACAAUCGUGGAAGAUACUUUAACGAUGACCGUUCAGGUAGAAGGUACUCCAGUGCCGGAAGUAAAGUGGUAUAAGGAUGGACAAUUGAUUCAAGAAAGCGAACGUAUCAAAAUAGAAAAAGAAGGAAGUGAUGUAUACAAAAUCGUGAUCAAAAGUGUUCGUAUGGAAGAUGCUGGAUCUUACUCGAUCGUUGCUCGAAACGAGAUCAAUCAAACCACAGAAAUAUGGAAUGUUACCGUAAAGAGCCCACCAAAGAUAAGGAAGAGAUUAGGUAGUAUCCCGGUAAUUAACGAAGGCGACUCUUUGACUCUGCUGAUCGAAGUAGAGUCAGAUCCAGAAGCUACAGUGAAGUGGUACAAGGAUGAACAGAUCGUCGUCGAGGAUGAGCGUAUAAAGAUCGUUCGAGAAGAAAACAAUUACAUAUUAAAGAUCACCGGUACAGUCGGCACCGAUGCUGCAGUGUACAAGACCGAAGUGAUUAAUACGCACGGUACUGUUUUGGAUCAAACCAGAGUCCAGGUAAGCGGUAUACCGAGGUUCAAGACAAAACUGACCAACCUUUCGGCCAACGAAGGCGACACUAACGUCGAAUUAGCGGUUGAAGUCGAUGGUUAUCCAAAACCAAGCGUUCAUUGGUUCAUCGGUGAUGUAGAAAUCACGGAAAAACGUACCGAGUACACUCGCGUCGAAGAAGGUGACCAUUACAAGCUCCUCAUGAAGGACGUGAAAGCUGAAAUGAAGGGCAGUUACACUUGCAAAGUGAAGAACGAAUAUGGCGAGAAUAAAUGCCAUGCCGACUUUAUAGUGAACACAAAGCCAAAACUUCUGAAGAAAUUGGCCGAUCAAAGGAUCAAAGAAGGCGAUACAUUGAAAUUAACAGUCGAAAUAUCUGGCACGCCUGAUCCCGAAAUAAAAUGGUACAAGGACGGACAGGAGGUAUCGGCUGAUGCAAGAAUCAAGAUCACUAGGGAUAAGCAACGAAAGGAGAGUUACGAUCUGACGGUAACUUUAGUCAAAGGCUCGGAUGGUGGUGCCUACGAAGUUCGAGCAGAGAACGAACUUGGAAUGGUCCUCAGCAAGAGCAAAGUCAUCGUUCUCACUAAAACGGAAGGAAGCACCGAAACGAUCGAGGAAGAAACGAAGACGAAGAAGAUCGAGAUAGAAGAAAUAGAAAUGGAGAAACAGCAAGCUGAAGAAUCAGGCCCGGAAGGUCGGUUCGCGUUGAAGAAAGAGAAGGUUGAGGUAGUACGAGAUGAAGCUGACAAAGUUACCAUCACCGUAGCAUCAACGACGACUCAUCAGUCAACGCUCACAGGUCCGGACGAGAGACACACGAUCAGCAAGAUGACCGCGACGAAGGUCGAAUUUCAGGAGUUAAGCUCGGAAGGGCCGACGGUUGAGGAAAUAGGAUCUUACAGUUACAUGCUGCAAGAAGAGAACGGACCGCAGAAGAUACAGAACGGCGUCUUCGUCGAGGAAUUCUCAGAGACCAGCGAUAAUAGCCGGUCGAGACUGCAAGUGAAUCGUGGCGUUUCGAUAAUUUCGGUAUCGGACGACGAAUCAACUUUGAAAGCCAUUUCCAGGGAUGUUAGCAUGGACGACGUCCGAUAUGUCGAACUAACGGAUGAUCUUAAAUUAACGAACGGCUCUUCCGAAGAAUUCAAAAAUGUCGACGGCCAUACGAUCGAGAAAAAUGUCUUGGACGAGGUCAAACCUCUCAGAGCGUCCAGAUUGAACGAAACGAUUAUCGAGGAACUAUCCGUUGAAGAGUCAUUUUCCACGAAAGCUAGCGAAAUGACUUUGAGUCGAUCACAAAAAGGGACCGCCGAGGAUAGUCGAUUGAUCAGGCAGAAUUCGAAGUUAGAGAAGGCAGAGUCCGUCGAAUCGUACAAAGCUGAAAAAAGUACGAUCUCGAAAGAAAACUUACAAAAGGGAGUUCUGGUGGGUGAAGAAGAGGUCGAUGAAGAGCUCGAGGCUCUUCUAGAUCGCGUUAAACGACAACGUACCGUUCUUAACGAAAUUCUUGAUAAGGAACAAGGCGUGGAAUCAGCACCACCCCAUAUAAUAGAAUCGUCGUUAAAAAAUCGGAUGAUCUUUGAAACGCAAAACACUACCUUCGAGGUCACCACCGUCGGUUUGCCAAGACCUGAUGCAAAAUGGUACAAGGACGGCAAGAUCCUCAGAACUGGAGAACGUAUACGUAUCACCAAUGCAGGUGACAAGUAUCAGCUCGAACUGAGCAAAGCCACGCUCGAGGAUGCAGGUCUCUACGAGUGUAUCUUUACAAAUAAACUUGGGGAAGAUAUCGUACAAGGACAGUUGGAGGUUGGCACGGUCGACGAUUUGCGAAAACCACGAUUCGUAGAACCCCUUAGCGACGUUGACAUUGCGGAUGGUACGAAUGGGGAGUUCAAAGCUGUAUUUACGGCUGAUCCGGUUCCCGAAGUAAUUUGGUUCUGCAAGGGAUUGGAGAUCCCAAAUGACGAUUCAAGAAUCAAAUGGAAGAUGGACAAUAAGCCCGCGGCAGAUAAGUUGACCGAAAGUACGAUUACAUUGAAGAUACCUAAGUGUGGAAGUGAGGACACCGGAGAGUAUACGCUCAAGCUGGAAAAUAAAUGGGGCCAUGCCGAAAGCAGCGCCCUUUUGAGUCUUCUACUGCAACCGAACAUCGAAGAAUUUAAAGAUCUCACUGCACCGGUUGACGAACAAGCCGUAUGGGAGGUAAUAAUUAAAGGAAAUCCAAAGCCUGAGAUAACGUGGUUAAAGAACAACGAAGAAUUGACGAUAGGCAAUGAAUUCGAAACGGAAGAAGAUAGAAAGAACAACAAGUACAAACUUAUCAUCAAGAAUGUUAAUGUUGAACAUGGCGGAACAUAUACGGUUUUCGCAAAAAAUUACUUGGGUGAAUCAACCGCAGAAGCUUUACUAACUGCUCACCUUGAAUCACCGGUCUUUUUGAAAGAGCUAUCUCAAGUUUCCAUAAAUGAUCGGCAAGAUAUUGAAUUGAAAGUUCGCGUAUCUGGAAUACCAAAACCAAAGAUCGCUUGGCUAUUGAACGAUACGCCAAUAAUCCAAGAUGCGCGCCACGAAGUGAUAACUCACGUCGAGGGCCUCAUCGAUAGCACUCUAUACAUUAAAACGUUUUCUUCCGAUGACAUAGGAACAAUAAGUUGUAUAGCUAGCAGUAUCGCAGGAAGUGCACGGACUAGUUGCGAAUUAAAUAUGGUUUUCGAACCACCCUCGUUUGGUCACUUAACUUUACCAAAGUCUGUGAAUAUCGAUGAAGGAGAGCCAUUCGAACUCAAGGCCAAAGCGGACGGUAGCCCGAUUCCUUUAAUGUCUUGGUUUAAAGACGGUGAAUUACUCGCACCUAACGAUCAUAUUCAGAUCGAAAACCUUCCGGACGGUACUACGAAACUGACAAUUGAUAAUGUAAAUCCUGCGGAUUCCGGAGCUUACAAACUGGUGGCUUCCAAUUCAACGGGAGAACAAAGUGCACUUUGCGCAGUUGCUGUCACGCCUACCGCAAGAAGUCCAACAUUUACAAAGCCCCUGGAAGAUGUAAAAGCCAUCGUAGGACAGCCUCUCAAGUUACAAGCUCAAAUCGUUGCAUUUCCGAAUCCUCACGUUCAAUGGUUCAAGGACGGUAUACCGUUGAGAUCAACAAAAGAGUUUAAUUUCAUAAACGAGCCCAAUGGUCUCAUUGGUCUAAUAAUCGACAAAGUGCGACCAGAAGAUACAGGUACUUACUCCGUGGUCGUAUCUAAUAAACUCGGAGACAUUACCGGAGAAGCAAAGGUUGAGGUAGAGGAAAAAGAAAAGAGGCCAGAUUUCGUUGGAAGUCUUCAACCACUUUCCGUGGUCGAAAACUUGCCAGCAAAAUUGGAAGUGAAAGUAAUUGGUAAACCAACGCCCGAACUCAAGUGGCUGCACAAUGGCGAAGAGAUUGUGCCGGAUGGAAAUCAUUUGAAUAUCAUUAGUCAUCCGGAUGGUACUCACGCAUUAAUCAUCGAUAAAGCAACUCCUGAAGAUGCGGGAGAAUAUCAAGUUGUAGCUGGCAAUACCGAAGGAACGGCAUCUUGCAAAGCGAAACUCGAUGUAGUUGGCAAAUUGAGAGAGGACAUUCCACAAGAGAAGCCUACAUUCUUAACUUUGUUACGAGAUAUUUCGGUCGAGGAAGGCCAACCACUGUCAUUCAGUGCCUCCUUCAAUGGCAAUCCGAUACCAGAUAUUACGUGGACGAAAGACGGACAACCGCUAGAACCAUCUCAACGAUUGAUGAUGACAUGUGAUGGAAAAAAAGUAACUUUAGAGAUCAAUCCAUCCGAUGCCAAAGACCAAGGAGCUUAUGCUUGUUGUCUGACAAAUCCACUCGGCGAAGAUACAUCUAACGCAAAUGCCAAUAUCAGAAAGGUCUUCCAAGCACCAAGCUUUACGCAAAAUUUCACGGAUCUUCAGCAACUUCCUAACUUUGAUGCUAAGUUCCCAGCUAAAAUUAGCGGUAUACCAAAGCCAGAUGUUACGUGGUAUUUCAAUGACCAGCCAAUACUUAAAGAUAAUGACAAAUACAAGAUCAAACGGGACUGCGAUGCCUGCUGCUUGUACGUCAAGGAUUGCACGUACGACGAUAGUGGAGUUUACAAAUGCAAAGCAGUUAACAGAGCUGGCGAAGCUGAAUGUUCGGCAAACUUGGCAAUCGUUGAUAAGAUCGAAAAAAUGCAAAAGAUAGAACCACCUGCAUUCUUGAAAAGAAUCGGCGAUUGCGAAGUUUACAAAGGGAUGCAAGCAAAAUUCACAGCUUGCAUUACUGGUAUCCCUGAACCGGAAUUCGAAUGGUUUCGUAAUGGUGACAAAUUGUGGCAAACCGAUCGUAUAAGAAUGGACCAAGAAGGUAGUUUACUUCGUUUGACGAUAGCUAAUGUCGAUGAAAUGGACGGAGGCACAUACCUAUUAAAAAUACAAAAUCCUCAUGGAGAAGACUCAUGUACCGCUGAAAUGAUCUUUGACUCUCUCGAGCCACGUGCGAAGCGACCGUUGGCAUCACAGUACAUAGAAUAUGACAAAUAUCAAAAGACAGGAAUACCAUGGCCUCUAGCAGAUAGACCAAUCAUUAGUCGUAUGAUGGAUCGACAUUUGACACUUUCUUGGAAGCCUUCCAUCCCGUUAGGACCACGCGCGCCGGUGACAUAUCUCGUAGAAAUGUGCGAACUACCGGACGGUGAUUGGUUCACCGCUCGAUCCGGAUUGCGCAGUUGUGUCUGCGACAUCCGCAAUUUAGAACCUUUCCGUGACUACAAAUUCCGUAUACGAGUGGAGAACAAAUAUGGCAUCAGCGAUCCUUCGCCAUUUGCACAAACCUUCCGAGCCAAAUUAGAACCCGAUCCACCCAAAUUCUUCCCUUAUUUGCCACCUGGUAUAGAUUUUCGCCCAGAGACCAGUCCUUACUUCCCCAAAGACUUCGAUAUCGAGAGACCGCCCCACGAUGAAUACGCUCAAGCACCUAAAUUCCUUCGUCAAGAAUACGAUGUUCAAUAUGGCGUAAAGAAUCACAAUUGCAAUCUCUUCUGGUUCGUUUAUGGCUAUCCAAAGCCAAAGAUGACUUAUUAUUUCAACGAUGAAUUGAUCGAAUCUGGCGGUCGAUACGAUCAAAGCUACACAAGAAACGGACAGGCGACUCUGUUCAUCAACAGAAUGCUUGAGAGAGACGAGGGCAUGUACGAAGCUGUUGCCACAAAUGAACAUGGAGAAGCACGUCAACGUGUUUGCUUACAAAUCGCAGAAUACCCAACGUUUAUCGUUAGACCCGAGGAAACUAUUGUGAUGGUACGAAAAUCUGGUCAAUUGAUAGCCCGUGUCACGGGUGUUCCGUUCCCUGAAAUCAAAUGGUACAAGGAUUGGAAACCGAUCACUACCACUUCGAGGGUUAAGAUCGAUUUCUCCGAGCCGGAUACAUCUGUCUUAACCAUCAAUGAAGCUAUUGUCAAGGACGAGGGAUUAUACUCGAUUAGCGCGAGAAACAUAGCUGGAUCGAUAUCGCAUUCGGUCAUGAUACACGUAGAAGAAAAUGAAUACGAUUACGUGUACAGAACGUAUAAGAGAAAGACUGAAAUUAAACUACGUAGCGAUAAACCCUACAACGAUUUCUAUGAUUUGGGUGACGAAUUGGGUCGUGGUACUCAGGGUAUUACGUAUCACGCCGUAGAGAGGACUACUGGAAGAAAUUAUGCUGCUAAAGUUAUGCAUGGACGUGGAGAACUGAAACCGUUUAUGUACAACGAGUUAGACGCUAUGAACCAUCUCAGUCACCGAAAAUUGUUACGUUUGCAAGAUGCUUACGAAACCGAUAGUUCGGUCACUUUGAUCAUUGAACUAGCUGCCGGGGGUGAAUUAGCAGAUACUCUAACGAGACAAGCACAUUAUACCGAGGCAGAAAUUGCCGGAUAUAUACGACAAGUGCUCUACGGCCUGGAAUAUAUGCACGAUAAUCACUAUGCACAUCUUGGUCUAACGCUUGGAGAUCUUCUGAUCUCUCACACGGGUGGCGAUGAUCUAAAGAUCGGUGACUUCGGUUUAACUCGAAGAAUAACGCAAACGAAAUUAAUGUUAUUAGCGUAUGGUAUGCCGGAAUACGUUGCUCCAGAAGUCACGAACAACGAAGGUGUCGAUUAUGCCGCGGAUAUGUGGUCUCUCGGUAUCAUAACGUACAUUCUGUUAUCCGGAAUUUCACCGUUCAGAGGUGUCAACGAUAGAGAAACAUUAACGAAGAUCAGACAAGGAGCUUGGGACUUUGAUGACCGUUGGAAAAAUAUUUCUAACGAAGCCAAAGACUUUAUUCGUAGUUUGUUGGUCUAUAAUGUUGAAAAACGAAUGGAUGUUAAGGCCGCUCUUAAACAUCCUUGGUUGGAAUACGCGGACAAAUCACCAUUAGAUUUAUAUAAAAUACCUUCUGAAUAUUUGAAGACCUAUUACAAACUUUACAGAGAUUGGUAUAGCAACGCGUCCUGUCGUACCUGGUAUCGUAGACGCAAACUCAGUAGUGCGUUUGAACAUCCGUCGAAGAUGGUUUAUCCACCUGGGCAUAAAUACACGCCUGAACCAAGUGUUGAACGAUACAGUCCAACAGGAAAACCUGUGCCUAGAACUUGGGAAAAUCAGGUACCUUCGAGAGAACCGAUCGACACGGAAAUUGGACUGAUUAAGAGCGAGAGUCACUAUCAGUACGGUCCAGACACUUAUCUUCUACAACUUAGAGAUACUGAUUUCCCAGUACGAUUACGCGAAUACAUGAAAGUCGCCUGUAAUCGCAGUCCAGGAUAUUCGCGUACGAUCACCGAAGAAAAUGGCUACGAUUGGAAGACACCAAUAAUACGUGAACGCCGUCGUUUUACCGACAUCAUGGACGAAGAAAUCGACGACGAACGAAGGGCCAGGAUAAAUAGAUAUGGAUCACCCGAUACAUUCACGUUGAGACGAUUGAAACACGAAUUAGGCACUCGUCUCGAUAGUUAUGUCGAGGCCGAAGCUAUGAUAGAGUCCAAAAAGGAAGGAAAUCUACCAUUCUUCCGCGAGAAACCGCAAAUACGGCCGAUUGAGGAAGGAAAAGCAGCGCAAUUGAUGUGUCUUGCAGUAGGUGAUCCAAAACCACUGAUACAGUGGUACAAGAAUGACAUUGUCGUUCAAGAAACUAAAAGAAUAAAGAUCACGGAAGACGAAGAGGGCAGAUCGAUUCUCAGUUUCAAUCCCGCGAAAGAACACGACGCUGGGAUAUAUAAGGUGGUGGCAAGGAACUCUCUUGGGCAGACAGUAGCCAGAACUAGAAUGUUGAUAGCUUCGGUUCCCUGUGGUCCUGACUCGCCAGAGGCUACCGAAAUAUCGGAUACCCAGAUACUUUUACGUUGGAAGCAACCAAGAUACGAUGGCAAUUCUGCCGUACUGUGCUAUAAUCUUCAAUACAAAGAAGCCGAUUCUAUUACGUGGAUAGACAUUGGUUUCAAUAUAGACCACGAAUUUUAUCUAGUCCGAGAUCUCAAGCCAGACAUUUGUUACAUUUUCCGUCUAGCAGCGCGAAAUCGAAUUGGAUGGAGCGAGAAGGGUAUUCCUUCGAAGGUAAUUAAAACAAGACCACCGGGUAUACCUCAGAUACAAAUAACCAGUGCUAUGAGACAUCUUCAAGAAUUAACGGAGUCUGGACAAGAGAUUGUACUCGAGGAAGAUAAGCCUCAUAUAAAUUAUUCUGUCGAGGAACAACCGGUUGAAUGGUCGACUGAAACGUUAACAAACAAAUACAGCUUCAUUUCUGAAUUAUGCCGUGGUCAAUUCUCUGCUGUGGUCAAGGGGAUCGACAAGUCCUCGGAUCGCGUGAUAGUCGCUAAGAUUCUGGACCUUAGGCCAGAAAUUGAGAAGCAAGUAAAUAGAGAAUUCGAAGCUCUACGUUCUCUCAGGCAUGAGAGAAUAGCUCUCUUAGAGGCAGCAUAUAAAGCACCCGGGUCACCGUUAGCUGUCUUCAUUUUGGAGAAGCUUCAGGGUGCCGACAUUCUCACGUAUUUCUCUAGUCGACACGAGUACACUGAAAAUUGCGUAGCCAUGGCUAUAACGCAAAUAUUGGACGCGUUACAAUAUCUUCACUGGCGAGGAUAUUGUCAUUUAGACAUUCAACCGGACAAUGUGGUGAUGGCCUCCGUUAGGACAGUUCAAGUCAAAUUAGUAGACAUGGGAACUGCGCAGAAAGUUAGUAAACUCGGCACGAUGGUACCAAAAGCAGGUCACCGUGAAUAUAGAGCACCAGAAGUAUACAAUGAAGAACCUGCAUAUCCACAAACAGACAUUUGGAUGGUCGGUGUUCUUGCGUACGUGUUAUUAUCCGGAGUAUCACCGUUCCGUGGCGAUGAUGCCAGCGAAACGAGACAAAAUAUUUUAUUUGUUAGGUACAGAUUCGAAUAUCUCUACAAAGAAAUCAGCCAAGAGGCUACGCGCUUUCUCAUGUUGGUCUUCAAACGUGCACCGAGUAAAAGGCCGAUGGCUGAGGAAUGCCACGAACACAGAUGGUUAUUACCAACCGAGUUCAUGAUCAAAAAACGCGAAAGGUCUGUCUUUUUAGGUAAUAGACUAAAAGAAUAUAACACCGAAUAUCACGAAGAAAAAGAAAAACUGGCGUCGGAAAGCCAAAGCCUUGCAAGCGAAAGCCUUUUAGGUUCUACUCGAAAACUUAUAAGAUCAACGAGCAUACAAGAAGAAUUACUUACAACGGUCUAACGAUAAAAUUAUGCUUAAGAUACGAUUUUUCCAAUUAAUUUUCUCCGUAUGACUGUAAAGUAUCACAAAAACAUCUAGUCAGUCGUUAAGAGAGCAAGGAGGAGCAAUAGGGAAUGGAUUAAAAGAAUAUCAUACAAAAAUAUCCCGUUCCUUGUUUUCUUUUUUGUUAUUAUUUAUUUGUUACAACGUAUGAUUAAUUAUAUCGAAUAUUAUAUCAUCAAUUCGAACAUGAAUUUCAUUAAAGAAAAUCAUGAAAUUUCGACUGUUCAGUAUUCCGAUCAAUUUAAAUGGUUACAAUGGACACAAUGGUAUUGAAACUACGAAUGUAAUAAAUGAAAUUAGUGGACAUGAUUCAUAUCCUUUCAAAUUGUACAAAAAUCGUUACAUAAUAUAAUAAAUAAAUAUGAAAUAAUAAAUGCAA